AUGACCGAUUUAGAAGAGGAGGUGCUUAUUCAGUAUAUAAUUGAUAUGGAUGAGAGAGGGUUUGCACCUAAAUUAAGUGGUGUAGAAGAUAUGGCGAAUUAUAUUCUUGAAUCGCGGAGGGCGAAGAAGGUUGGAAAGCUCUGGGCUUAUCGAUUCGUAAAGCGUCAUACGAAAUUAGAGAUGUGUUUUAGUCGUAUUUAUGAUUUUCAAAGAGCUCUUUGCGAAGAUCCUAAGCUUAUUGAAGAGUGGUUUCGAUUGGUAUCGAAUAUGCGGGUGAAAUAUAGUAUUGUCGAUUCCGAUUUCUACAACUUCGAUGAAACCGGCUUCAUGAUAGGUAUAAUAUGCCCUAGAAUAGUUAUAACUAAUACUGAACGAAAUAGCAGAAGCAAGGCAAUACAACCAGACAAUCGAGAGUGGGCUACGGCAAUUAUAUGUGGCAAUGGAGAGGGUGAAACUAUACCUCCAUUUUUGGUAGUUCAAGGACAAGUUCAUCUUUCCAAUUGGUAUACUGAAACCGAUUUUCCUGCGGAUUGGACUAUUAAACCUACUUCCAAUGGAUGGACGAAUAAUGAGACAGGUCUUGUUGGUACGAGAAGGAUACGGAAGACGUAG